AUGGCACCCAAAGUCCUCCGUCGCCGCGACCAGACUGCUGGUAGUGGACUCCGAGCAGUUCUUUCGGCUCAGGAAAAGGCCGCCUCACCAUCUCCCAUUCCUAGCCUAUCUGAGGACGCAGAGGUAGUAAAAGCCACCUGCGACUCAUUCCUCCUCGAAUCAUUCACUGCAGAAGACGCCUGGGAGCUUGGACAUCUGCUCUAUGCGCGACUACUCCCUUUCUCUGCCCAGAAGCCCACGCUGAUCUCCAUCGCGCUAGCCAACGGCCAGGUCCUGUUUCAAACCGCUGUUGGCUCCGGCACCGCGCUGGACAAUGAGAUUUGGGUGCAGAGGAAGAGGAAUACCGUGCUAAGAUUUGGUGCGAGCACUUGGUUCCAGCACUGCAAGUACGCAGGCGAUGAGGAGGCUUUUCGGCUUAAGUUUGGGAUGAGUCCUGAGCAGGCGGAGAAGUAUGCGAUUCAUGGCGGCGGUGUACCCAUCCGGGUUAAGGGAGUCGAGGGUAUCGUUGCAGUCGUUGUGGUUUCUGGGCUGAAGCAGCAUGAGGAUCAUGGUGUUAUUGUUGAUGUCAUUAACAGCAACUGGGAAUGA